GAAUCAAACUCUGUGGUCAAUUUGUACAUUUGUCUUCCAGCAUGGUGCGGAGAACUCUGGGUCAAUCCACUCGCUCCAUCUACCUGGGCCUGGCUCUCGUAUCCCUCACCGUCCAUCUUCUCUUGGCUAUUUUCUGCUUCUCAGUCCUCCAGUUCGCCUGUGUACCUCCCUCUUCCUCCUUAUUAAACCCUUCCUUUGUUUCAAGAAAUGACACCGUCUCACAAUCCUCAUCUUCUUCUGCUGCCUCUUCCUCAAACAAACCACUGGACAACUCCCAGAAUGGACGAAGUCACAAACUGAGUGCGGAUGACCAGAAAGGGAAGUUCAGUGAGGCCCCUGAGAGGGCAAAGAAACUGAUUAGAACUGAAACAGUGGUUCAGAAGGAGCGGAGUCGCUCUAAACUAGAGGAGCUGUUUAAACAUUCCCUGUACAAUCUGCCACGUCCAGAACUACAGGAAGAUGAUUGGCUGCUGAGGCUGAAGACAGAUGAAGAGGCAAAAGAUGCAGAAACAGAGGAGAAGAACUCCGUCACUGAUGACAGUGAGUGGCAAAGUGCYAGUGAGGAGAAAGGCUAUGAUAAAGCCUCUUGGACAAGGGACAAGGAAACCCACCCUCCCUGGCUGCGGUUUCACCUGGGCAUCUCUCGAUGGGAGCUGUAUGACAGGAAAGACCCCAUCCUGGCCCAAAUGACUCAUUACCUGGCAACACAUCGAAUCCUCGGAGCUGUUCAGAAGAGAGGAGGCACCCAGCUGAAACUGCUCCUAUCGUUCCCAAAUUAUGGACAAGCUCUGUCCAAACCCAUGAGACAGUCCAGAGAUGCCGAGACAGACGUGAACCUCUUUUACUUCUCAGACUUUGAGAGACACAACGCAGAGAUCGCUGCCUUCCACCUCGACAGAUUACUGGGCUUCAACCGGAUCCCUCCGGUGGUUGGUCGACUGAUCAAUGUCACCACAGAGAUCAGAGAUAUUACCACUGACCACAAGCUCUCUAGAACCUUCUUUACUUCCCCUGCUGGAAACGUGUGUUUCUACGGCCAGUGUGAAUACUACUGUUCAACAGAGAACCCUGUCUGCGGUCGGCCACAUGCGCUGGAGGUUUCCCUGUCUACCAUGCUACCUGACCUCACCCUUGCWCCCCGCAGGUCCUGGAGGUCACCGUGGAGGCGAUCCUACAGUCGGACAAAGCUGGCACAGUGGGAAAAGGACCCAGCUUACUGUGACACGGUGAAACAGACCCCUCCUUACAACACCGGCACCAGACUGGUGGAUCUCAUAGACAUGGCUCUUCUGGAUUUUCUCAUGAGCAACAUGGACCGUCAUCAUUAUGAGACGUUUGAGAAAUUUGGAAAUGAGACUUUUCUACUUCACUUAGACAAUGGACGAGCGUUUGGGCGUCACUCUCAAGAUGAACCAUCUAUUCUGGCACCUCUGACUCAGUGCUGCAGGAUCCGUCGCUCCACCCUCCUGCGUUUGCRUCUCUUGUCCCUCCCUGAGUUUCGUCUGAGUGACGUCUUGCGGGAGUCGUUGGCUCAGGAUCCUCUGGCAGCCGUGGCCCCCCUUCUCUCAGAAGCCCACCUGUCUGCUCUGGACCGCCGCCUCGCAGCUGUUCUGCAAGCUGUCCAGUCUUGUCAGGAGAACCACAGCGAUGUUAUUUAUAAUGAUUUGGUACUAAAUGAUCAGAACUAUGAUCAUUAGU